AAACACAUUAUUUUUCUCAGCAUUAUUUUUAUUAUUCUACUUACUAGCAUGGACGGCAUGGUGGCUCAAUAGUUAGCACUGUGGCCUCACAGCAAGAAGGUCGCUGGUUCGAGUCCCAGCUGGGCCAGUUGGCAUUUCUGUGUGGAGUUUGCAUGUUCUCCUCAUGUUGGUGUGGGUUUCCUCUGGGUGCUCCGGUUUCCCCCACAGUCCAAACACAUGUGCUAAAGGGGAAUUGAUGAAUUAAAUUGGCUGUAGUGUGUGACUUGAUGUGUGAAUGAGUGUGUUUCCCAGUACUGGGUUGCGGCUGGAAGGGCAUCCGCUGUGUGAAACACAUGCUGGAAUAGUUGGCGGUUCAUUCUGCUGUGGCGACCCCUGAUGAGACUAAGAAUCAAGUAUGGUUGAAAUAUUUACUAUAAAUGACUCUAGUAUUUGUUUCCUGUUGGCAGGUGGGACAAGACUGUGAUUUUCCUGGUCCUGUCCAGAAGGGGCAGUGAUGACGGUGACGUACUCGCGGCGGGUGGCAGAUGCACGUCUGGGCACCUUUUAUCGUCUUCUUCUGCGCUGGAAAGGAAGCAUUUAUAAACUGCUGUAUCGAGAGCUGCUGAUCUUCACUGUGAUGUACUGCAUUAUCAGCAUCACGUACAGGUGUAUACUGACUGAAGAGCAGCGCAGGAUGUUUGAGAAGCUCUCACUGUACUGUGAUCAGUACGCUCAGCUCAUUCCUGUGUCAUUUGUAUUGGGUUUCUAUGUGACUCUGGUGGUGUCCCGCUGGUGGGGUCAGUUCGAGAGUGUCCCGUGGCCAGACCGUCUGUCAGCUCUGGUCAGUGGACAUGUGCGGGGCGCAGAUGAAGGAGCCAGACUCGUCCGCAGGAGUUUAAUGCGCUACGCAAACCUGUCCGGCAUCCUCAUCUACCGCUCCGUCAGCACGGCCGUCUACAAGAGAUUCCCAACCAUGAGCCACUUGGUUCAAGCAGGUCUGAUGACGGCCGAGGAGCUGAGGCAGCUGCAGGAGCUUCCCUCUCCUCAUAAUAAGUUCUGGGUUCCCUGCAUGUGGUUUGUCAGUCUGGCCAUGAGAGCUCGAUCUGAAGGACGAAUCAAUAACGACGUCGCAAUGACCGCCAUCCUCAACGAGCUGAACACGCUUCGGUCUCAGUGUAUGAGACUGUACGGAUAUGACUGGAUCAGUUUACCUCUCGUUUAUACACAGGUGGUAACCGUGGCUGUGUACAGUUUCUUUUUGACUUGUCUGAUUGGUCGGCAGUUUCUUGACCCCACCCAGGGUUACCCAGGUCACAACCUCGACUUCUACCUGCCUGUCUUCACUUUACUGCAGUUCUUCUUCUACGUGGGCUGGCUUAAGGUUGCAGAGCAGCUUAUUAAUCCGUUUGGGGAGGAUGAUGAUGACUUUGAGACAAACUGGCUGGUGGACCGUAAUUUACAGGUGUCUCUGCUGUCAGUGGAUGAGAUGUAUGAUCUGGUUCCUCUGGUUGAGAGAGAUAAAUACUGGGAUGAAGCUGAGCCUCAGCCACCGUACACCGCCGCCAGUGCAGAACACCGCAAACCCUCAUUCAUGGGAUCUGCGCUGGACAUCAGCGUUCCCAAAGAGGAAAUGGAAUUCCAGCACAAUCUGGAGCAGAUUAAAGAGCACGAGGAGGCCAAUCACUCCACUCCAUUCCUGGGCAGCUUGAGUCGUCUUCUGGGCGUUCAGUCGCCCAAUUUCCCCCGGUCGACGCCUACAUCAAGAGUCUCCCUCCUGCGACGCCGACCCCGAGCUCCGUUCUCUCGUUUCCCGCUUUACCUCCAUUCUGAGAGCUCACAGAUGCCCAGCCACAGCCGAAACACGGACAUGAGCGAGGAUGCCUUUUCAGCAAUGCCUCUGUAUGAACGACCUGGUUUUUACAGCUGCCCCCAAACGCCCAUCCACUGCAUCCCUCCACCUGUUCCUCGACCAAGACCACGGAGAGCGCAUGGUGACAGCUCCAGCUCUUUAACACAACCCAUGGUGGGCUCACAAAUCCUGGCUCCACCUGAUACACCGGCACCUCCUUCAUCCGCUUUCCCUUGGGUGGGUGAAGACAGCGAUCAUCCAGCGUUCUCCUUUCCAGAUCCUGUGCCUGAAUUAUGCCCGUUAACCAAAGCACGACCUAUUCAAGGGUUACCAUCGCGCCGUCCUCUCCCUCUUCGACUAUCUGUUGACAAAUCUCCAUCUCCAUCUACACCAGAGAGGGUGUUUUCAUUCACACCGCCAUCUUGGCCACAAACGCAGAUCAACACCGCUAGUUCAGUGAAUGUGAAUGUGACAAAUAGUAAUAAUAAUCUGUGCAAUGGCACAGCAAACAACCCCUGGCCAAUCAGCAGAAGCAACACUGCAAGCACAGCCAAUCCCGUCAGCACGAGUCCUACGGCGACUCAGCACUCAGCCAAUCAGCACAACUCUCCCAACGAUUCUGGAAUCUCAUUGGCUGACGGGGAUCUGUUGGGCGCAGCAGUGAAAACAAGGGAACAGCUCUAAGUCAGGUGGAGAGAAAAUCUGAUGUAAUUGGUGAAGAUUUUUUUUUGACAAGAUUUAAGAUGUUUCUGUUUCAAAAAUGCAGUUUUAUCACCCUAAAAUCACACUAUGAAGGAGAAAGUGGACAAUGAAUUAUAACAUAAUGCAAACUCUGACAGUUUCCACAUUUUUUAUUAAACUGGUUUAUGUAGGCAAAGGCAGAGACCUGUGCAACAGUAAAAGCCCCUGGCCAAUCACAGAACAACCCCUGGCCAAUCAGAAGAAGCAGCAAUACAAGAACACCCAAUCUCUUCAGUGGGAACCCCACAGCAACUCAGUACUCCGCCAAUCAGCACAACUCUCCCGAUGAUUCUGCAAUCUCAUUGGCUGACGGGGAUCUGUUGGACGCAGCAGUGAAAACAAGGGAACAGCUCUAAGUCAGUUGGAGAGAAAAUCUAAUUGGUGAAGAUGUUUUUUUUGACAAGAUUUAAGAUGUUUCUGUUUCAAAAAUGCAACAUAUGUCAGCUUUAUCACCCCGAAAUCACAUUAUGAAGGAGAAAGUGGACAAUGAAUCAUAACAUAAUGCAAACUCUGACCGUUUCCACAUAUUGUUUUAUUAAACUGGUUUAUGUAGGCAAAGACCUGUGCAACAGUAAAAGCCCCUGGCCAAUCACAGAACAACCCCUGGCCAAUCAGAAGAAGCAGCAAUGCAAGAACACCCAAUCUCGUCAGCGCGAACCCCACGGCAACUCAGUACUCAACCAAUCAGCACAACUCUCCCGAUGAUUCUGCAAUCUCAUUGGCUGACGGGGGUCUGUUGGGCGCAGCAGUGAAAACAAGGGAACAGCUCUAAGUCAGGUGGAGAGAAAAUCUAAUUGGUGAAGGUGUUUUUUGGCAAGAUUUAAGACGUUUCUGUUUCAAAAAUGCAACAUAUGUCAGUUUUGUCACCCCAAAAUCACAUUAUGAAGGAGAAAGUGGACAAUGAGUCAUAACAUAAUGCAAACUCUGACAGUUUCCACAUAUUUUUAUAUGAAAUUGCUUUAUGUAGGCAGAGCCUAAUUAAAUAGACUAGUAAAUACACUUGAACAACCUGUGCAACUGUAAAAGCCCCUGGCCAAUCAGAAGAAGAACCAUUGUAAGCAUAGCCAAUCCCAUCAGAACAAGCCCUGUGGUGACUCAGCACUCAGCCAAUCAGCACAAAUCUCCCAACAAUUCUGGAAUCUCAUUGGCUGAGAGGGCUCUGUUGUGUCAAGCAGUGUAAACAAGGAAACAUUUCUGAGUUAUGUGGAAACUAACAGCAAAGACUGGCAUAAAUUUCCUCGUUAAGUUGUGCUUUUGCUUAAAUUUAUUGCAAGACAUUAAAUUAAAUGUUUGUAUUGUCACAACAUUUAUAAGUGAUGAAUAGAGUAGAUCAAACUGCCAAUUUAAUCAAUUUAGUAGAAUAGAUGCUUAUAUAUAUAGCUUGUA